AUGAAGUACUUGAAAUUUUCUUCGUUCUUUGCCAAAAUUAUCAUCUUUCUCUUUCCAUUUGCGUUGCUAGCUUCCAGUGAUCACACUCAUGAACACUUUCUUCAAUGCCUCACCACUCGUAUAUCCAACCUUACCUCCACUCAUGAAACCAUUAUUUAUACUCGAAAUGAUACGUCGUAUUCUACCCUGUUGAAUUCCUUCAUACAUAACCAACGUUUCAAUGAAUCAACCCCAAAACCUUUCGCUAUCAUCACACCAUUUAAUGUCUCCCACAUCCAAGUCACUGUUUACUGCUCCCAAAAGCAUGGCAUGCUAAUCAAAGUUCGAAGUGGUGGCCAUGAUUAUGAGGGUCUUUCUUUCGUGUCUAAUGAGCCCCCUUUUAUCAUACUUGAGUUGAGAAACCUAAGCUCGAUUAGUGUUGAUGUGGAGGGCAAGUCAGCAUGGGUUCAAGCUGGAGCUACAGUAGGUGAAGUUUAUUAUAGGGUUGCCGAGAAAACUGGAAAUCUUAGCUUCCCCGCCGGCGUUUGUAGCACUGUGGGUGUUGGUGGACAUUUGAGUGCAGGAGGCUACGGGUAUUUGGCGCGAAAAUAUGGGGUUUCAGCUGAUAAUAUUAUUGACGCGCAGAUAAUCGACGCCCAAGGUAGAAUUCUUGAUAGGAAAUCUAUGGGGGAAGAUUUGUUUUGGGCCAUACGUGGUGGUGGAGCAGCAAGCUUCGGAAUCGUUGUUGCAUGGAAACUUCAACUAGUUCCCGUGCCAUCAACGGUGACUGUGUUUAAUGUCCAAAGGAAUAUGGACGACGAUGCAACAAAGAAGCUCGUACAUCGAUGGCAACGGCGCGCCCACAAAGUCGAUGACGAUCUAACAAUCUUCAUCAGGUUCGUAACCAUGAAUUCUACAGAUAAGAAGGGGAAUAAGAAAAUUACGAUACAACCUAACUUCUCGGCCACAUUCCUAGGAGGUGUAGAUACAUUGCUUCAGUUGAUGCAGAAGGAGUUUCCUGAGAUGGGUUUGGGAAAUGAAUCCUUGGAUCCUUUACUUGAUAGGACAAUUGUGUCCAAUGGUUUGUCAUACAAAAUGAAAUCUGACUAUGUGAAAGAGCUUAUUCCAGAUGACGUAGUGGAAGGAAUGUUGAGAAGGAUGCUUGACGAAGAGGUGGGAAUAACGACUAUUACUUUUUUUCCUUACGGAGGAAAAAUGAACAAGAUUUUAGAAUCUGCGAUUCCAUUUCCACACCGAGCCGGAAACCUAUUCAACAUUCAUUACCAAGUGACUUGGAAAGGAGCGUCCAACAAACAUCUAAGCUGGAUAAGAAUAAUUUACAAUUACAUGACUCCGUAUGUGUCAAAAAAUCCGAGAACUGUAUAUUUCAACUUUAGAGACCUUGACAUUGGGAUGAAUGAGAAAAGAAGUAACUCCACAAGUACCCUUACUCGUAUAGCAAAAGCAAAUAUUUGGGGUACUAAAUAUUUUAAGAAUAACUUCAACAAGUUGAUUCAGGUGAAGACAAAAGUUGAUCCAGCUGAUUUUUUUAGAAAUGAACAAAGCAUUCCUUCUCUUCUUAGCCCUUAA